CCAAGCUAUAAUACCCACCACAGGCAAUUCUUUACACCAUGGGAAGAGAGGAGCAAUCUGAAGAACGGGAGGUUCUUGAUAGUAUCUUCCCAGAUGAAAUCCAAGGUAAGCUCAGGUUUCCUCGCUAUGGAUCUUGCGCCAAUACACCAGCUGCCCCUCCAAGCCUACCCGCAACCUACUUACACAAUUACAGACAUAUCGGAGAACGAAUUCCGAAUAUCGAUCCUCCUAGACAUCACAAACGAUGGCGGCGACGAAUCCGAACCCCCAACUCUGAUCUUACAAGUCAAAUACCCCGAAAACUACCCAGAAGAAGCCCCCAUACUGGACAUACUCGCCCCGCCAAAUGCAGCGUCCCAUCCCAUUUUCAGCGUCAACUCAGACCGGGAAGCGCUGCUGGAUGGAUUGACGGAAACGGUAGAGGAUAAUAUGGGUAUGGCUAUGAUAUUUACACUCUAUUCAACGCUGAAGGAUAAUGCCGAGCAAAUGGUUGCUGAGCGCCAGGAACAGGCACGAAAUGCACAUGAGCAGAAGCUUGCGGCGAUCGAGGCUGAGGAGAAUAAGAAGUUUCAUGGGACACCGGUUACGGUUGAGACUUUUGGGCCGUGGAGAGAUCAAUUCGUGAAGGAGAUGGAGGAAGAGAGACUGAAAGAGGAAGAAGCCGAGGAAGCAGCCGAGAAGAAGAGGAAUAGAGGAAAGGAGACCGUGGUUCAGUUGACAGGGAGACAAUUAUGGGAACGUGGUCUUGCUGGUAAAGUGGAAGAGGAGGAUGAUGAAGAUGAUUCUACUCCUGCGGCGGGGAUGGAGAAGCUCAAGGUUUGAGCUUUUUUGGGCGCUGGGAAUAAUCCGAAAAGUGCAACAACCCAUAAAAAGUCUAGCGACAGGGAAUUGCAUCUCUGGCGUUGUAUACAAAAGGGGAAGGAAAGACUAUAUCAUGUCGAUAUGAGAAGACAGAUGAACAGAAGUACGAUGGCGUAUACAUAGCGUUGAUACCCGACUCUUCGGACUGGAAU